GCCUGGCGUGGGAGCCCAUUGGCUGAGCUGGCGCCGAGCCGGGAGCCCUGAUUGGCCGAGGGGCCUGAGGCCACAGAUUCCGGAAAGGGGAAGAGCAGCCAACAUGGCGGCGGAACGCGGCGCGGGCCAGCAACAGUCGCAGGAGAUGAUGGAGGUUGACAGGCGGGUCGAGUCUGAAGAAUCUGGCGAUGAGGAAGGGAAGAAGCAGAGCAGCGGUAUAGUGGCCGACCUCAGUGAGCAGAGCCUGAAGGAUGGAGAGGAGCAGGGAGAAGAGGACCCAGAAGGUACCAGGCCCAAAGGACAAGAGCUGCCUGUGGAUAUGGAAACCAUUAGCCUGGACAGAGAUGCAGAGGAUAUUGAUCUGAAUCACUACCGUAUUGGGAAAAUUGAGGGCUUUGAGGUGCUCAAGAAAGUGAAGACUCUCUGCCUCCGUCAAAAUUUAAUUAAAUGCAUUGAAAAUCUGGGGGAGUUACAGAGUCUGCGAGAGCUGGAUCUUUAUGACAACCAAAUCAAGAAGAUUGAGAAUCUGGAGGCGCUAACGCAUUUGGAGAUUCUAGAUAUUUCUUUCAAUCUGCUGAGAAACAUUGAAGGAGUUGACAAGCUGACGCGACUGAGGAAGCUCUUCUUGGUUAACAAUAAAAUCAGUAAAAUUGAGAACAUAAGCAACUUACACCAGCUGCAGAUGCUGGAGCUGGGGUCCAAUCGCAUCCGGGCAAUUGAAAAUAUUGACACGUUAACCAGUCUGGAGAGUUUGUUUUUGGGGAAAAACAAGAUCACUAAGCUUCAGAACCUAGAUGCACUUACCAACCUGACGGUCCUCAGUAUGCAGAGCAACCGGCUGACCAAGAUGGAGGGUCUGCAGAGCCUGGUGAACCUUCGAGAGCUGUACCUGAGCCACAACGGCAUCGAGGUCAUCGAGGGCCUGGAGAACAAUAACAAACUCACGAUGUUGGACAUUGCAUCAAAUAGAAUCAAAAAGAUUGAAAACGUCAGCCAUCUAACAGAGCUACAGGAAUUCUGGAUGAACGACAAUCUCCUGGAGAGCUGGAGCGACCUGGACGAGCUGAAAGCAGCCAAGAGCCUGGAGACGGUGUACCUGGAGCGGAACCCCCUGCAGAAGGACCCCCAGUACAGGCGGAAGAUCAUGCUGGCCCUGCCCACCGUGCGGCAGAUCGACGCCACCUUCGUCAGGUUCUGAGUCCGGCUGGCUCCUCGCCCGGUCCCUCUCGACAAGAACGUCCCAGCCACGGUUUUUAUCCACUCGCUCCUCGAGCCGUCGCUCUCUCAGCAGUCACAAACCCAAUGGCAAUAAAAAGGCACUGAGUGAUGA